AUGCAGAACGCUGGAGUUGCCGAGGCUGUUCAAGAACUAAAUUGUCUUGCAAAAGUACCGGAUCAUUCCAAAAACCCAGAGUUGUUGAAGACGAUUAUACUCAUCUUGAGUGGGUACUUGAAGAAGGAUAAUUUCAAGGAGAACGACUACACCAUCGAGCUACGAGAACGAAUGCUCCACAUCAGGGUCUUCCCGAUGAUUCCUAACGAUGAGGCAUCGAAGGCAUACCCGCGAACUUACAAAUCCCUCGAGGACACGUGGUACAUUAACGACCGAACUGCCUUGAAGAAAGCGUUCGUAGGAAAGGCGCACAUAUUGGAUUUUGAUGUUCAAGACAUGGACCGGAUUCUGCCCUUGAUCAAGUGGCUCGGCCUCGACCAGCUUCUUCUAAGCAAGGCGGUACAAGAACGUACAUUGUACCUUGGUACAGUCCAAAUACAACAGGGCUGGUCUGAUUCCAUUCAGGAAAAGGCUCAGUUUAUCGCGUUGCAUCAGGCUUGA